CUUUCCCGUGUGGCUCGUCCUUUGUCCAGUCGUGUUGUCUUUGUGCCAAGUUCCGUUAGCGUACAACACGCGUAAUUUCCCGUGACUCAUUGAUCUCCUUGUCUUGCGUUGUUUGCCCCCGUCUCGCGCUUUGACCUUCGCUGUGCGCUAGACCACAUACAUCUCACUCCUCACUCCCCCCUUCCCCCAUGGCUAUCAGCAGAACUUUGAAGAGCAAGAAGGUCAAGACAGGAGACACGUCUUCCAAGGCCAAGUCAGAUAUCCUGAAGCCCUUUCAGUGCCAGGAUUGUGAUGCUACAUUUGGUCGUAAGGCAGACUGCCAGCGCCAUUGGAACACGAAGCAUGAUCCAGAUCGCAAGUCAAGGGAAUUGGUGUGCCCUUGGGUUGGAUGUGACAAAACGUUCUCCCAGAAGUCAAACUUCGAGGAUCAUUACAAAACGCACAUGCCACGUCACCUCACCCAGCGCCCCUGUCCCUUCUCCAAAGCAUGCCCCUUCCUUUGGGUGACCCGUUCCGCUCUUUCAAAACACAAGAAGGAGUCCCACGGAAAGAACGCGGUCAAGGUUGUUCGAUCGACUGACGCUCAGUCUCUCCACGCUUCAGAGACCCCCGAAUUCAUUUCCCCAGCCCCCUCCCCCACCCCUUCGACAUCGACAUCAUCCGACCGACCAUUAUCACAAUCAGUUUCGAUGAGACCGCUCUUACCCAGGCCGCGUAAACUUGAAUCUCUCCCUCUGGCCGUCAUCUCUCAUUCUCACUCUCAUUCAUCGUCGGCUCCGGGAUAUUCACCGACGACCUCCCAAUCGCCCACCUCUUACGCUUCGUACUCCCCCGUAUCGUCGCAGUACCCCGCUCCUAUUCACACUCACCUCUGCCCUCAUCAUCCCGUUUGCUCUACCACAUCUGGUCCGAAUUCGAAUGUAUACCAGGCUGAACCUACCUCCGCACCACCUCACAUCACUCGGUUUCCCUACCUUCCUCCUCCCCAUUCUCAGUAUCACCACGGAACCUACCCUCAAUAUCUAGCACCCCAUCCUCACGCGUCGUACCCACAGACCUCAGCAUCCCACCGCGAGUCUUCGACCGUGAAUGCUCAUUCUCAGGUACUCCCGUCGCCUCGUCAACUCUUGGCAAUGCAUGACCGGUCUUCCUCCUCGGAGCGCUACAACUACCACCAUUACUCCCAUUCUCACUCCCAUCAUCACCCAUACAAUCAUUC